UAGCCACCGGGGCACACCACGGGUACAUAGCCACCACCGCCCGGCCACGUUACAUUUUACGUCGCCACGCCUCCCGUGAUUGUCUACGUCUCCGAUUUCCCCACCGCCCGGGUUUAAAAGGGAGACGUGCAAGCGACCACUGAUAGCAGACUGCCGAGGCAAGCGGAAAUGGGGCCUCUGGCCGCGUGCAUGGUGGUGCUGGGGCUGUGGGUGCGCGGGGCGCAGGGUGCUGUUGCUGCCCGCUUAGAGGCAGACGUGAGCUUCCAGUGCUCCAAAUUCGGUAGCAGAGCAUCAGUGUACACCAAGAGGGCCGUCAUAGGCAUAGAAGGCGGCACUGUAAUGCUGCCCUGCGUCUUCUCGCUGACUAAUCGGACGAGCCAGGUCUAUGUGCAGUGGAGGGUGAGUCGCAUGAGUACAAUCAUAUUCACGAGCGAGACGAACUUCACUGAAGGGACUUUCACGGACCGGCUGGGGCUCGUGGGAGACCUUGGAAAGGGCCAGGCUAACAUCAGCAUCAGCGACCUGAGGCCUGUCGACAAAAACGUCUACCACUGUGACAUCCUCGAGCGGCCAACAAAGCAAAGCAACAAUUUGGUUCACUUUGAUAAUCACGGAACCUACUUGGACAUCCAGGAAGGUAAGGCGACGUCAUGGGCAGAAGUCUGCCCUCACACUCCGGCACUCUGCAAAUUAAUGAUAUUCCUGGACAAUGUUGCGGACAAUGGUCACAACUGUAAACGCGUUAAUUUUGGUAUGACAGUGCCAAAGUGAUAGAGAGUAUGUUAAAGAAAAAGAACAGUGUUCAUGAAGAUCGUUCUGUUAACAGAGCGCACAAACUUGGGUAAGCAGGUAGUCUCUGUCUUACGAUUUGAGUUGCCAUCGCCGUUGGCCACGAAGGAAGAAUCAGUGAUCGGUUUGUCCAAAUAUGGGUAGAGAAAAAGAAAAACCUCGUAUGAUCCGUUAUUCAUCAAAUGUACUUUAGGGACGAAUGGAACAGGAUUAUAUUUCUACAAGAUGUUGCGAAUAUGGCAUUGCAAAUCAGCCAAUACAUUCCCGUCAUGGCCAUAUGAAGUUACACUAUCAAUUCACCAGGUAUUUGUAUUAAACGAACUUCAAAUUCAU